GUAACAGGAGCGGCGCGGCGGAGCAUGGAGAGCCGCGGCCGCGGGCGGCUGGCGACGCGCGACCCGCUCUCGCCCCCGAGGUAGCCGGGCUCCGCGCCGCGGGACGGAGUGGGGGCGGCGGUCGCCCCACGCGCGCCCCGGGAGCCCGGGCCCUGCGCCCCGCCGCGGAUUUCGCCGCGAUCCCGCGGGCAGCGCUUCGCAAAGCUGCGUGAAACUUCUCCCAAAGUCGGCAUGGAUCCGGCGGCGCUGCCUGCUUUGGCGGCGCUCCUGCUCCUGUCCCCGUGGCCCCUGCUCGGCUCGGCCCAAGGCCAGUUCUCCGCAGGUGGCUGCACUUUUGAGGAUGGGCCUGGGGCCUGUGAUUACCACCAGGACCUCUACGAUGACUUUGAGUGGGUUCAUGUCAGCGCCCAAGAACCUCAUUAUCUGCCUCCAGAAAUGCCCCAAGGUUCCUACAUGGUAGUGGACUCUUCAAUUCAUGAUCCUGGAGAGAAAGCUCGACUUCAGCUGCCUACCAUGAAGGAGAAUGAUACUCACUGUGUUGAUUUCAGCUACCUGUUAUACAGCCAGAAAGGGCUGAACCCUGGCACAUUGAACAUCCUUGUUAGGGUGAACAAAGGACCUCUUGCUAAUCCAAUUUGGAAUGUGACUGGAUUCACAGGUCGAGACUGGCUUCGGGCUGAGCUAGCAGUGAGCACCUUUUGGCCCAAUGAGUAUCAGGUCAUAUUUGAAGCUGAAGUCUCAGGAGGGCGAAGUGGUUACAUUGCCAUCGAUGACAUCCAAGUUCUGAGCUAUCCUUGUGACAAAUCCCCUCAUUUCCUCCGCCUCGGGGACGUAGAGGUCAACGCAGGGCAGAAUGCGACGUUCCAGUGCAUCGCUACAGGGAGGGACGCGGUGCAUAACAAGCUAUGGCUGCAGAGACGAAAUGGAGAAGAUAUACCUGUAGCCCAAACUAAGAACAUCAAUCACAGAAGAUUUGCUGCUUCUUUUAGAUUGCAAGAAGUGACAAAAGCUGACCAGGAUUUGUAUCGGUGUGUCACACAGUCAGAAAGAGGUUCUGGUGUGUCCAAUUUUGCUCAACUGAUUGUGAGAGAACCACCAAGGCCCAUUGCUCCUCCCCAGCUGCUGGGUGUUGGGCCGACUUAUUUGCUGAUUCAGCUGAAUGCCAACUCUAUCAUUGGCGACGGGCCCAUUAUCCUGAAAGAAGUGGAAUAUCGGAUGACAUCAGGAUCCUGGACAGAAACCCAUGCGGUGAACGCUCCCACUUACAAAUUGUGGCAUUUAGACCCCGACACGGAAUAUGAGAUCCGUGUCCUCCUGACGAGACCUGGGGAAGGUGGAACAGGGCUGCCAGGACCUCCACUAAUCACCAGAACCAAAUGUGCAGAACCUAUGCGAACACCAAAGACUUUAAAGAUUGCUGAAAUCCAGGCGAGACGCAUUGCUGUGGACUGGGAAUCCUUAGGUUACAACAUCACUCGCUGCCACACCUUUAAUGUCACCAUCUGCUACCAUUACUUCCGUGGUCACAAUGAGAGCAAGGCAGACUGUUUGGACAUGGACCCCAAAGCCCCUCAGCAUGUCGUGGACCAUCUGCCCCCAUACACCAACGUCAGCCUCAAGAUGAUCCUAACCAACCCGGAAGGAAGGAAGGAGAGUGAAGAGACAGUGAUUCAAACUGAUGAAGACGUGCCUGGCCCUGUCCCAGUCAAAUCCCUCCAGGGAACAUCCUUCGAAAACAAGAUCUUCUUGAACUGGAAAGAACCUUUGGAUCCCAACGGGGUCAUCACUCAAUAUGAGGUCAGCUAUAGCAGCAUAAGAUCAUUUGAUCCUGCGGUCCCAGUGGCUGGCCCUCCCCAGACUGUGUCCAACUUGUGGAAUAGCACACAUCAUGUCUUCAUGCAUCUGCACCCAGGGACAACCUACCAGUUCUUCAUCAGAGCCAGCACGGUCAAAGGCUUCGGGCCAGCCACGGCCAUCAACGUGACCACCAACAUCUCAGCUCCAACCCUACCUGACUAUGAAGGAGUUGAUGCCUCCCUUAAUGAAACUGCAACCACAAUAACCGUGCUGCUAAGACCAGCGCAAGCCAAAGGUGCACCCAUCAGUGCUUAUCAAAUUGUCGUGGAGGAGCUGCAGCCACACAGAGCCAAGCGGGAAGCGGGGACCAUGGAAUGUUACCAGGUGCCUGUCACCUACCAGAGCUCCGUGAGCGGGGGCUCCCCCUAUUACUUCGCUGCCGAGCUGCCCCCCGGCAAUCUCCCCGAGCCUGCCCCCUUCACCGUGGGUGACAACAGGACCUAUAAAGGCUUCUGGAACCCGCCCUUGGCUCCUCGCAAGGGUUACAACAUCUACUUCCAGGCCAUGAGCAGCGUGGAGAAGGAAACUAAAACCCAGUGUGUACGAAUUGCUACAAAAGCAGCAGCAACAGAAGAACCAGAAGUGAUCCCAGAUCCAGCUAAGCAGACAGACAGAGUGGUGAAAAUAGCAGGAAUUAGUGCUGGAAUUCUGGUUUUCAUCCUCCUCCUCCUCGUCGUCAUAUUAAUUGUAAAAAAGAGAUAUAUAUGUUGGAGAAGACACAUCUGCUUUAGAAACAUUAGGAGGAGCUACUAUUCUUACUCCUACUACCUUAAACUUGCUAAGAAGCGCAAAGACGCCAUGGGGAACGCUCGGCAGGAGAUGACUCACAUGGUGAAUGCCAUGGACCGAAGUUACGCGGAUCAGAGCACGCUACAUGCAGAGGACCCUCUGUCCAUCACUUUCAUGGACCAACAUAACUUCAGUCCAAGAUUGCCCAAUGACCCUCUUGUGCCGACUGCUGUGUUAGUCCCUAUAACCGAUGAAAACCACAGUGCUGCAGCAGAGUCCAGCCGCCUCCUGGACGUGCCUCGCUACCUCUGCGAGGGGACGGAGUCCCCUUACCAGACAGGCCAGCUGCACCCCGCCAUCCGGGUGGCAGACUUACUGCAGCACAUCAACCUCAUGAAGACGUCAGACAGCUACGGAUUCAAGGAGGAGUACGAGAGCUUCUUUGAAGGUCAGUCAGCAUCGUGGGAUGUAGCUAAAAAAGAUCAAAACAGAGCAAAAAACCGAUAUGGAAACAUUAUAGCGUACGACCACUCCAGAGUAAUUUUGCAGCCCGUUGAGGAUGACCCUUCUUCAGAUUACAUUAAUGCCAACUAUAUUGAUAUUUGGCUGUACAGGGAUGGCUACCAGAGACCAAGUCACUACAUUGCAACCCAAGGCCCCGUUCAUGAGACUGUCUAUGAUUUCUGGAGAAUGGUCUGGCAAGAACAAUCUGCCUGCAUUGUAAUGGUGACAAAUUUAGUGGAGGUGGGCCGGGUUAAGUGCUACAAAUACUGGCCUGAUGAUACUGAGGUUUAUGGUGACUUCAAAGUAACCUGUGUAGAAAUGGAACCACUUGCUGAAUAUGUAGUAAGGACAUUCACUCUUGAAAGGAGAGGGUACAAUGAAAUCCGUGAAGUGAAGCAGUUUCAUUUCACCGGCUGGCCUGACCAUGGGGUGCCGUACCACGCCACCGGCCUCCUGUCCUUCAUCCGGAGAGUGAAGUUAUCCAACCCUCCCAGCGCGGGUCCAAUCGUCGUGCACUGCAGUGCCGGUGCUGGAAGAACUGGCUGUUACAUUGUGAUUGACAUUAUGCUGGACAUGGCAGAAAGAGAGGGUGUGGUUGACAUCUACAACUGUGUCAAAGCCUUACGAUCCCGGCGAAUCAACAUGGUUCAGACGGAAGAGCAGUACAUUUUUAUUCAUGAUGCCAUUUUAGAAGCAUGCUUAUGUGGAGAAACUGCCAUACCUGUCUGCGAAUUUAAAGCUGCCUACUUUGAUAUGAUCAGAAUAGAUUCCCAGACCAACUCUUCCCAUCUCAAAGAUGAAUUUCAGACUCUGAACUCGGUCACCCCUCGACUACAAGCCGAAGACUGCAGUAUAGCUUGUCUUCCACGGAACCAUGACAAGAACCGUUUCACAGACAUGCUGCCACCUGACAGAUGUCUGCCUUUCUUAAUUACCAUCGACGGGGAGAGCAGUAACUACAUCAAUGCGGCGCUUAUGGAUAGCUACAGGCAACCAGCCGCUUUCAUUGUCACACAGUACCCGCUGCCAAACACUGUGAAGGACUUCUGGAGGCUGGUGUAUGACUACGGCUGCACCUCCAUCGUGAUGCUAAAUGAGGUGGACUUGUCCCAGGGCUGCCCUCAAUACUGGCCGGAAGAAGGGAUGCUACGCUAUGGCCCCAUCCAAGUGGAGUGUAUGUCUUGUUCAAUGGACUGUGAUGUCAUCAACCGGAUUUUUAGGAUAUGCAACCUAACAAGACCGCAGGAAGGUUAUCUGAUGGUACAGCAGUUUCAGUAUCUGGGAUGGGCUUCUCAUCGAGAAGUACCAGGAUCCAAAAGGUCAUUUUUGAAACUCAUCCUGCAAGUGGAAAAGUGGCAGGAGGAAUGUGAAGAAGGAGAAGGCAGGACGAUCAUCCACUGCCUAAACGGCGGUGGGCGGAGUGGCAUGUUCUGUGCCAUUGGCAUCGUGGUGGAAAUGGUGAAACGCCAGAACGUUGUGGACGUUUUCCACGCGGUGAAGACCCUGCGGAACAGCAAGCCCAACAUGGUGGAGGCCCCGGAGCAGUACCGUUUCUGCUAUGACGUCGCAUUGGAGUACCUGGAAUCGUCGUAGUGGGUGAGACUGCACACUGCAUUCACUCAGCACCCACUUCGUCUGUUGAGCCAGCAGCAGUUGUUCCUGUGCAGAAAGCUUUUAACGCGGGGGGUGGGAAGCUUUUACAUUUGAGAGGUGAAAGUAUUUUUCUUAUGCAAUUGUGUAUCUUAAUAAAAAGGACUUGAUUUGUUUCUCUGUAUGAAAGUACCAACGUUUAGUGCCACAUAAAAAUUAUAUUUCAGAAGAUCCAGAUUCCAGCGGGAACUUGCAGUGUUUGUUAAGUGAAUCCACAGCCUCUUUUUCUCCUGGUUUCAUAGAGUGGCCAGCGCACCUUGCAUGGACUCAUGCUUUCUGGGUGGCAGUUUUCUCCCUUUUAAAAUGAAAGCUGUUGAAUCUUGAAAGGAAGAAGAAAAGAAAAGCUGUGCAAAUUCAUGGUCAAUUUCAUUUUUUAUAUGUUCCGAGUGUAGCAGAUCUCUAUAUAAAUAUAUAAAUAUAUAUAACUGGCUUAUUUUCGUUUAAUGUGCAGUGAUGGCUGGAUCAUUUAAAGUUCUUUUUUAGACAAUAACAUAAGCCAAAGACUCAAGUGUAAAUAUGUCUAUAUGGAAAAAGCACAUUAUAUUUAUUGGUUACUUACAUUCCUUUUUGAUGGCUAAAAUACUAUACCACACAGUCAUUUUUGUUUCGAAGAAAGCUUUUUCUUUAGCUAAAAUCAAUUGUAAAUGAUUUUUGUAGAUUAUUUUUUGUAUGUUUUAGUGUAAGUAGAGGAUAAACUUUUUAUUCAUAAACCAGGAAGCAACAUACUUUAUAGUGAUUCUCUCGUGUACAUGCUUACAAAUUUUAAAAAAGUAUAUAUAUAUAUAUAUAUAUAUAUAUAUAUAUAUAUAUAUAUAUAAAACACCUUGGCAAUUGUCUUUUAAUAGGGGACCAAAUUAAAGCAUUUUCCUGAGCAGUAUAUAAGUUUUCACAAUUUCACUAGGUAAAUAAUGGUUGGGUGAUCACACGUGAGAAAUGCACACUCUCAAAGAUCUUGCUGGUGGCUUGCACAGUGAUGAGCAUAGCCUUUAACUUCGUCCAAAGUUUCAAGGAAUCGAUCUUUCCAGCCUGUGGGCAAGCACUGGCAGAGGAAAUAAGAGGGCAACGGUGAUGCUCUCGGGGUCAAAUUUUAGCAAAGUGUAAACUGCCAAGGCGAUCAGAUGUUUCUUUUGAUGUUUACAUGCACAAGCUUUGGGUUCUGAACAUAGAUGGUCUGGAGAAAUCAAUGCCGGAUUCCUUUUUUGUGCAUUGUCCUGGGACGCUCAGGCAACCUUUCUAAAUGUGAUCUCGUUCCACGCACUCCCCGUAGCUGUCACGUCUCAUUUGCAGCUUGCAGUUUUGUUCCUGUGUCCUCUUUCUAGAUUGCCGGUUCAUGACAUGGUGCGUCUAAAGAUUUAAUUACUGUAAGAGUGAAAUAAAAUUUUUAUAAUUACAA